UGCCCUCUGCGGCUCGCCGGCGAGGGGCAGAGCAGCCCCUGCCCCGCCGUGCCCCGCCGGGAAGUUACUUUGUUCGCAGAGUUCCCGCGGAGGCUGCGCUGGGACCCCCGAGCUCCCGGUGGCCCCCGCAUCCCCCCACCUGCCCUGCCCAGGUGUCACCGGAGCUUUCCCGGCAAGGAAAGGAAGCCCCCCGUGGAAAAUCCGUGCGCGCCUUCCCCGGUAGCUUCCCCUCGCGCAGCCUGGGGAAGGGGCGAUGGAAGAGGAAGAACUUCCCUUUGUCGUAGGAGAGGAUUGAGUGACCUCCAAAGUUUUGUUCCGGGAGGAAACCGCUGGAUAAGUUUGGUGUUUCCAAGGGGGCUGUGCUGUUGAGGUGAGAUGUCCUGGUGCUCUCCCAUGGACGUAGGGAGAUAGCAGACAUGAUCCCCUGAGGAGGCCGAGCCCCGCGCCGCAAGCAUGGCCUUCGCCCAGUCGCACAUCAUGGCAGCCCGCAGGCACCAGCACAGCCGGCUCAUCAUCGAGGUGGAUGAGUACAGCUCCAACCCCACGCAGGCUUUCACCUUCUACAACAUCAACCAGGGGCGUUUCCAGCCCCCACAUGUGCAGAUGGUCGAUCCGGUGCCCCACGACGCUCCCAAACCUCCAGGAUAUACACGAUUUGUCUGUAUUUCUGAUACUCACUCCAGAACUGAUCCCAUCCAAAUGCCAUAUGGAGAUGUGUUAAUACAUGCUGGUGAUUUUACUGAGCUGGGACUUCCUAGUGAAGUAAAAAAAUUCAACGAGUGGCUAGGUAGCCUGCCCUAUGAAUACAAGAUUGUGAUAGCAGGAAAUCAUGAGUUGACCUUUGACCAGGAAUUCAUGGCUGACUUAAUCAAGCAGGACUUUUACUAUUUCCCCUCUGUUUCUAAGCUGAAGCCAGAGAGCUAUGAAAAUGUACAGUCUCUUCUAACAAACUGCAUCUAUCUUCAAGACUCUGAAGUGACGGUGAGGGGAUUCAGAAUAUAUGGCUCCCCUUGGCAACCUUGGUUUUAUGGCUGGGGCUUUAAUCUUCCACGAGGCCAAGCACUAUUAGAGAAAUGGAACCUUAUUCCAGAUGGAAUAGAUAUUCUUAUAACACACGGACCACCUCUCGGUUUUCUAGACUGGGUUCCCAAGAAAAUGCAACGGGUAGGAUGUGUCGAGCUGCUGAACACAGUCCAGAGACGAAUACAGCCAAGGCUUCACGUUUUUGGACAUAUCCAUGAAGGUUAUGGUGUCAUGGCUGAUGGAACCACUACCUAUGUGAAUGCAUCUGUGUGCACUGUGAAUUACCAGCCACUUAAUCCACCUAUAGUUAUUGACUUACCUACUCCAAGGAACACAUGAUUAUAAUGAGGAUUUAAAGUUGUACCCAACACAUUAUAGCAACUUUAUAUUGCUGGCUGAGAAUCCCAAUAGGGAACCAUUCAACAACAACAAUAACAACAACAAAAAAGCAAAAUCCUUCUUUUUUUCCCUGCUAGCUCUUCACAGAUAAAUUUCGAGUAACACAAGUGGAUGAGGAACAAAGACAUUUUGGUGCCAGGAACAGAUUAAAGACUUAACAUUUCACCAUUAAAAUAUUUGUGAACACAGAAAAGUGAAUGCAUUCCACAUAUAAAUAUAUAUAUAUAUAUAUACAUGCACAUAUAUAUAUAUCUAGUAGGGGCUUUUGUAUAUACCGUGUAUUGGACUUAUUAAAAGAACGAUGUCUUUCAAAGGAGUGUUUCUUUAAGAAAGUUUGCAGUUUAAACUUCAGUGUUUAGACUAGGAUUCCCUCAUUUCAGAUGUUUCCCAGUGAGCUCUUGGUAAAAAGAAAAAUGACGGUAAAGAUGUUUUCCCUUAAUUAACACGGCAAACAUAAAAGAUGCUGCACAAAUGACCAGUCACAGGAGGAACGAUAUUACUCCAAGUCCUCCAGGUCUAAGUCUUUGCAUCUAUUCAAAACCAACGCAAUAGAGGCCCUAAUUCACUGUACUGAAAUGAAGUUUUACUACAUCUGGCAUUACAGAUGGUAAGGGAAAUGGUGCAUAUUGCCAGCAUGCUGUAAACAGCUCAACAUUCGAGAAGGGAGACUGUGUUAAGUGCAGUAUAAACUCAGGAAUUUGUAACCUG